CAAGGUACCUAGCGCUUUAUAAACGUGCCCUGUCGUCCGUACGAACGGUCCCUUCCGGAACGCCGCGCAGACCAACUCGAUUGCGCUACCAUGACAGCAGGCCGCUGAACGGAGUCACCGCCGAUGAUUCAAGCCUGGUGAUACUAUUGCGUGCCACGCCCGUCUCCCCAAGUGCCCGAAGCCAACCCUUACCAUGCCGUACUGCUGGCCGUGCGAGCGGUACUUCUCCACCGAGACCUCUCUCCGGCAGCACCGCCGAGACUCGGGCAACCACGCCCACGACUGUUUCCGCUGCGAUCGGCACUUCACCUCCCAGUCUGCGAAGCGGCAGCAUGUCCUCAACUCCUCCCGGCACCAUCUCUGCACCGACUGCUACGACGAGCCCGAUUUCGCCUCGGCCGAAGAGCUCGACCAGCAUGACGUCGACGAGCACAACAUGUGCCGGAUCUGUCGCCGCUACUUCUCAUCUCCCUCCAAUCUGAAGAACCACCUCAAGAUCCACGCCGAGAAGAACACCGAGUGCUUCGGGUGCGUGCGGUGCUUUAACUCGAUCUCGGCCAUGGUGCUGCACCUCGAGGCUGGCACCUGCGCGUCGGGCACCGACAACGACUUCGUCACCAGAGUUGCGUUCGAGUGCCACCGGUUCCGCGAGUACACCUUCGCAGAAGGCUCCGACUGCAGCUCCGACUUCGGCAGAAGCGGCGACCGCGACUUCACGUGCCCGACGUGCCCGUCGCGCUUCCCCUACAUGAGCGGCCUGCUCCAGCACGUCGAGAGCGACCGCUGCGAAGAGGACCUGGCUUGGGGCCCCCUCGCCCAGUUCCUGCGCUACCUGGAGAAACGCAUAGCCAGCCGCUAAGGGAGGCCCGAUCGCCCAGGGGCCGCGGCCGGCCAGGGCGAGCUGGGCUCGGCCAGCGAA